GAGCGUGUUCACUAAGGUACCUCUUUUCUUCUCUUCUCUUUUCUGCUGACCCAAGUUACGACAAACCACACUGACUCCUUCCUUCUCUCUCUCUCAUUAUUAUUAUUUUUCCUUUCCAUUUCUCUCUUCAACCCACCCUCCAACGUCGUCGUUUUGAUCACCCCACACUCCGCUAAUGCCGGACGGAGAAUCCUCUAGCGUCGCCGGCGGUCAACCGUCCGUCGAUCCCUCUUCCAGUCUUUCUCAAGUCAAGAAAGAUCCCAGGAAAAUUGCAAGAAAGUAUCAGUUGGAGUUGUGCAAAAAGGCUAUGGAAGAAAACAUAAUUGUGUAUUUGGGGACAGGGUGUGGGAAGACUCACAUUGCCGUGCUUCUUAUGCAUGAGAUGGGUCAUUUGAUACGGAAACCGCAGAAGAACAUAUGUGUCUUUCUUGCUCCCACUGUGGCUUUAGUUCAUCAGCAAGCAAAGGUUAUAGAAGACUCUACUGAUUUUAAGGUUGGGACUUACUGUGGGAGUUCAAAGCGCUUGAAACGUCAUCAAGACUGGGAGCAGGAGAUUGAACAAUAUGAGGUUCUUGUUAUGACCCCACAAAUAUUACUUCACAACUUAUCUCAUUGUUUCAUCAAAAUGGAGAUGAUUGCACUUUUGAUAUUUGAUGAAUGUCAUCAUGCUCAAGUCAAAAGCAACCAUGCUUAUGCAGUAAUCAUGAAAGUCUUCUACAAAAGUAAUUCCACAAAGGUUCCCCGUAUAUUUGGCAUGACUGCUUCCCCUGUUGUAGGAAAAGGUGCUUCUAGUGAAGCAAAUCUGGCAAAAAGCAUCAAUAGUCUUGAACAAAUGCUUGAUGCUAAGGUAUACUCUGUUGAAGACAAGGAAUUGCAAUCUUUUGUGACCACUCCUGUGAUUAAUAUAUAUCGUUAUGGUUCAACUGCAAGUGGGGAAACUAACUUGUACUUGAAAAUUGAGGAGAUUAAACGCCAGUGCAUAGCAACCCUUGGUAGGAGUAUAGAAGAUCACCAGAAACGGAUGAACACAAAGAAACUUCUGAACCGGAUGCAUGAUAAUGUGGUUUUCUGUAUUCAGAAUCUUGGCAUUUGGGGAGCAUUGCAAGCUAGUCGUAUUCUUUUGAGUGGUGAUCGUUCCGAGAGGCAUGAACUAGUGGAGGCAGAAGGAAAUUCAAGUGAUGACUCUGUGUGUGAUAAAUAUCUUGCUCAGGCUGCUGAACUUUGUACUUCACAAUGCAUGAUAGGUGACAGUGCAUCUGAUUUAUCUUCUGUGGAAAUAUUAAAAGAGCCAUUUUUCUCAGCAAAGAUUUUACGCCUCAUUGGGAUACUGUCCAACUUUAGGUUGCAAAAGAACAUGAAGUGUAUAAUUUUUGUGAAUAGAAUUGUGACUGCAAGAUCCCUGUCAUGCAUACUACAGAAGCUCAAGCUUCUAAGACAAUGGAGGAGUGAUUUUUUGGUAGGAGUCCAUGCUGGACUGAAGAGUAUGUCGCGAAAGACCAUGAACACCAUUGUUGAUAAGUUUCGCUCAGGAGAGUUGAAUCUAUUGGUUGCAACCAAAGUGGGUGAAGAAGGACUUGACAUUCAGACAUGUUGCCUUGUUGUACGAUUUGAUCUUCCAGAAACUGUUUCCAGCUUUAUACAGUCAAGAGGUCGUGCACGUAUGCCUCAGUCAGAAUAUGCCUUUUUGGUGGACAGUGGCAAUAAGAAGGAACUAGACAUAAUUGAUGGUUUUGAAAAAGAUGAGUACCGAAUGAAUAUGGAAAUCACUAUUCGAACAUCCAAUGAGACAUACAUCAUUCCUGAGGAAAGAAUAUUUAGAGUUGAUUCGUCUGGUGCUUCUGUUAGUUCUGGAUAUAGUAUCUCAUUGCUUCACCAGUAUUGUUCAAAGCUUCCACAUGAUGAGUACUUUGACCCCAAGCCAAAUUUUUAUUACUUAGAUGAUUCGGGGGGAGUUGUCUGCCACAUAACAUUUCCUUCGAAUGCACCAAUACACCAAAUUUUGGGUACACCGCAGUUGUCUAUGGAGGCUUCCAAAAGAGAUGCUUGCCUGAAAGCAAUAGAAGAACUUCAUAAAUUCGGUGCUUUAAGUGAUUGUCUCUUGCCGAAGCAGGAUGAUGUAGAGCCAGAGGAGCGGGUUUCAGGCUCUUCUGAUGAAGAUGAAUGUGAAGAUGGCAUGUCAAGAGGAGAAUUACAUGAGAUGCUAAUUCCUUCUGCCUUGGGACAAUCAUGGAUAAAUGAGGAUAAAGUUGUCUGUCUUUACUCUUACUACAUAAAAUUUUGUCCCUCUCCAGCAGAUAGGGUCUACAAAGCAUUUGGUCUAUUUAUCAUGGCUAGUCUUCCAAUGGAGGCCGAGAAAUUGGAACUUGAUCUCCAUCUUGCUCAUGGUCGAUCUGUGAUGACACAAUUUGUCCCAUUUGGAGUUGUAGAAUUUGACAAAGAUGAGAUUAAGAUGGCAGAAAAUUUUCAAGAAAUGUUCCUCAAAAUUAUACUUGAUAGAUCAGAAUUUGUUUCCGAGUUUGUAGACUUGGGUAAGGGUGGUGAAUCUCUCACAAGCACAUCAACCUUCUACCUUUUGCUUCCAGUUGUAUUACAAUAUGAAAAUGCCAUGAAAGUAGACUGGAAGACAGUGAAGAGAUGCCUUUGUUCACCAAUUUUCAGGCACCCAGCAGAUACUAUGGAUAAAAAAGUUUUCCCUUUAGAUAUUCACCUGCAACUUGCCAAUGGUUACAGAAGUGUACGAGAUGUUGAGAAUAGUUUAGUGUAUGCCCCACAUAAGAAGAACUUCUAUUUUGUCACAAGUAUUAACUAUGAAAAGAAUGGAUUUAGUCCUCAUAAAGAUUCAGGCACUUCAAGCUAUGUGGAUUACUACAUUGAAAAGUUUUCCAUUCACCUCAAAUGCCCUGAACAACCACUUCUGCAUGUAAAACCACUCUUCAAUUUGCACAACCUGCUACACAACCGAAAGCCUGGGGAUGCAGAACCACAUGAGCUGGAGGAAGAACCACAUAAGCUGGAGGAAUACUUAAUUUAUUUGCCUCCUGAGCUAUGUGAACUGAAAAUAAUAGGCUUUUCAAAGGAUAUUGGCAGUUCCAUAUCUUUGUUGCCUUCAAUUAUGCAUCGUCUUGGAAACUUGAUGGUGGCUAUUGAACUCAAGCACAUGCUAUCUUCUUCCUUUCCGGAGGCUGCUGAAAUUAGUGCUCUUAGAGUUCUAGAGGCCCUCACCACUGAGAAGUGUCAGGAGUGCUUUUCCCUUGAAAGACUUGAAGUGCUUGGCGAUGCUUUCCUUAAAUUUGCUGUUGCACGUCAUUUUUUUCUCAUGUACGACAGCCUUCAUGAAGGAGACCUCACAAAAAGGCGUUCUAAUGCUGUAAAUAAUUCCAAUUUGUUUAAGUUGGCUAUUAGGCGCAAUUUGCAGGUCUAUAUAUGCGACCAAAAAUUUGAUCCCUUGCAGUUUUAUGCAUUAGGUCGUCCUUGCCCAAGAGUUUGUAGCAAGGAAACCGAAGAAAGCAUACACUUGUGUUUAAAUUCCGUUAAGGAGCAAGGAGGAGCAACUGAAACCCGAUGUAACAAAAAUCAUCAUUGGUUACAUAGGAAAACAAUUGCUGAUGUGGUUGAAGCUCUGGUUGGAGCUUUCCUGGUUGACAGUGGCUUUAAAGCUGCAAUUGCCUUUCUUACAUGGAUUGGCAUACGAGUUGAUUUUGAAGCUUCACAAGUAGUUAAUAUUUGCUUAGCAAGUGUUGGCUAUUUCCCUCUUUCAUCUGAUGUAGACAUUCCAUCUCUUGAAAGUAAGCUAGGACAUAACUUUGUUCAUAAGGGUCUGCUUCUCCAGGCAUUUGUACAUCCUUCAUACAAUAAGCAUGGAGGAGGCUGUUAUCAGCGAUUGGAGUUUCUUGGAGAUGCUGUCCUUGAUUAUUUGAUUACUUCAUAUCUAUUCUCAGCUUAUCCAAAACUAAAGCCUGGUCAAUUGACAGAUUUGAGAUCAUUGUCUGUUAACAAUAAGGCAUUUGCCUGUGUAGCAGUAGAUCGCAGUUUUGAUAAAUUUCUCUUGUGUGAUUCAAAUUGCUUGUCUGAGGCAAUAAAAAAGUACGUGGACUACGUUAGAAGACCUGUAUCAGUUUGUGGCAUUAAAGAAGGGCCAAAAUGUCCCAAGGCACUAGGUGACUUGGUGGAAUCUUGUGUUGGUGCCAUCCUUCUUGAUUCAGGGUUCAAUUUGGACAAAGUUUGGAAGAUUAUGACUUCAUUCUUGGACCCAAUCAUGAAAUUCUCAUCAAGCUUGCAGCUCAGUCCUGUUAGGGAUCUGCGAGAACUUUGCCAAUCUCAUAAUUUGGAGUUGGAAUUUCUGCCAGUGGCCUCAAAACUGACUAAAACGUUUUCAGUUGAAGCCAAAGUGACCGGGAAUGGUGUAUGUGAAACAGCUUCAGCAAUUGGCCAAAAUAAAAAGGAGGCUUCUAGAAUUGCUUCACAACUACUUUUUUCAAAGUUCAAGGUAAAGCAAACUCAAGGCUGGAAAGCAAAGUCAAAGACUUUGGAAGAAGUUCUCGAAUCAACUUCUAAGAUGACACCAAAACUUAUUGGCUAUGAUGAAACUCCUAUUGAUGUAACAGAUACCAAUACCGCAGGGCACAUAAUGGUUAAUUCAGACAAGUCUUCAUAUGUAAAAUACAACCAAGAGACAGUUGAAAUAUGCUCUCCAUGUGUGAAACCUUUUGGCCAAAGGCUUCAAUCUUCUGCAAAGGGAAAGCUUAGUCAAAUAUUUGAAAAUAGUAAUAGUGGCAGUGACUCGUCAGGGACAGGAACGGCUAGAUCACGAUUGUAUGAAUUUUGUGCUGCUUAUUGCUGGAAACCUCCUUCAUUUGAAUGCUGCAAGGAAGAAGGACCAGACCACCUAAAACAAUUCACUUGCAAGGUGAUCUUGGAGAUAGAAGAGGCCCCAGAUAUGAUUUUAGAGUUUGUUGGGGAACCUCAGUCAAAGAAGAAAGAUGCAUCAGAGAGUGCGGCUGAGGGUGCAUUUUGGUACCUGCAACAGCAAGGUUACUUGCCUAAUGGUAAUUGACAUGUUGCUGAACAAUAGGUGUUAGGCAGUUUGAGGGUGUCAUUGUUAUAGGUAAUAAUGUAAUAUAAUCUACAAGGCAAUUAUACAGGUUUAGUAAAAUCCAGGGUUUUCCCACUUGUUAAUCCGAUGUAAAAUAUUAUUAUUCAUGUAGUAUUGUAGUGUCAAAGUUACAUCUAUCAUUGUAUGUAAACUACUAUUCUCGAUUAUAACAGUGAAUUUUCUGUGUUUCUACUUUUGAAAUGUGAAUAUAAUUUCCUGAAACAUUUGGU